CUCAGUAUAACUUGAAAUCUCAGAGUGGUUAAGUCGGGAAUUGGGGAAAGAGUCCAGAAAAAAGACAGAAAAAUGAAAGGAUUGACAUUAUUUUUAUACUCUGCUGCACUACUGCUGGCAUUGGGUUUUGCAGAUGCUGAGCCAUUGACACACGAAUGUCUGAAAUACUAUUUAAAAGGAAAAGGAGUUUAUCUCAGUACUUUAGAUUAUGUAGAUGGCUAUGUUGGAUCAGUCAGUGACUGUGAAAGUGCAGUAAGGACAAGAAUUUCAAGUCUUAAUGAAGAUUUAAGGGAUAAGUUGAAAAGUGAUAGAAAGUCAAGACCUCAUGCUGAGUGCGUAAUGAAGGAUAUCGAGGAAGAAGAUGAUUAUGAACGGUACGAGAAUGUCAUCUUACAGGAAGUAGCAGUUGAGAUGAUCAGUAGCUGGAGAUUUUGGAAAUAUUUUGAUAAAAAGUCAACAUUGGAAGGUUUAAGAGCUAAGGCAGAUGAUAUGGUCAAAAAAUCAUUAUUAAAGUGUAAAGGUCAUAGAGAAUUCGGUGACUUGUUUACUAACAUAAAUGAACAGAACAUAUUAUUUGAUAGAAGUGGGGAACAAGAGUUUUGUAUUCGUAAAAUUCUCGUCAAUAGAACUUUAUUGAAUCCGUCAUUCUACAAUUUCCGUGAAAAUCCAAAAAACGUCCGUACCGAUAUUGAUUGUGAGGAAGUAUUUAAGCAAAUUAAAGCGAGCUUCUAUGAAAAUUUAAAGGAAGAAAAAGAGCUCAAUGAUUGCUUCAUUGAAGCAUACAUCAAAAAUGGAUAUGCUGAGAAUAUCUUGAAGGCUGAAGUUCUCUCAAAGUUGACAUUAACUCGAUCAGACAAGUCGAAAGAAAAGCAAAAUUUCAUUAAUAAUAUGGUCGACAUAUCCAUUGACACUAAGAACUGCUGAGUAGGAAUUGUAAUACAUUUGAGUAAUGAGCAUGAGAUCAGUAAAUUUGAUGUAACGUAACUUGUAAUCUAGCUUACAAAUCGUAAAUAAAAUAAAUUUCUAUUUAAUUGCUAUUAAUAAAA